AUGCUAUUUGUAAAGAAUGAGGCAUUUGAAUUAGAUUUAGAUCAACCUACUUUAGAUGAAGAAGGCCAAUUGCUAAGGAAAAGGAGAAAAAUAGAAGAACCUUUACCAAUACGGCCAAAUAAAGAGAAGCUUGCUGAAUGUAUCAAGAAAAUGAUGAAUAGUUGUGUGAACGCGCUUGUAGGAGCAAUGCUUAAAUCAGAAGUCCAAGAUUGCGAAUAUGAUAAAGUAGGUAAAGUGUAA